AUGCAUCCAUUGGACAAUCCAUCCGUAGAAUCCUACUUCAUCCCAGGCGCGAAAGUGUUUGAUCGUUACUUUGAUUGUCCUUUGGCAUACAAGCAAAAGUCUCCUGAGAAGAUCAAGGUGUUUGCACGCCAUCUAGUCCCAGUUGACAAAGUCAAUGACAUAAAAACAAUGCCAUUCUUCCUUUACUUGCAGGGUGGUCCUGGGUUUGAAGUUGGACUUCCAAGCAGUGCAACAUCAGGCUGGAUCAAAGAAGCCUUUGCGAUGGGCUUUCAAGUCCUCUUACUUGAUCAACGUGGAACUGGACUUUCUUCACCGAUCUCAACAGAGUCCUUAGCUAUGCUUGGUCUAGAUACUGACCAAGCUAAGGCUGGUUAUCUGACUUUCUUUCGUGCUGACAGCAUCGUGCGUGAUUGCGAGACAAUUCGAGAGCAAUUGACCGCCGAUCGGGCACCAGACUGUGAGAGCCGAUUUACUCUACUUGGUCAAAGCUUUGGUGGCUUCUGCAUCACCACCUAUCUUUCAUUAUUCCCAACAUCUAUUCAACACGCCUACAUUACUGGAGGUGUUCCCCCUCUUGUAAACUCCCCUGACGUUGUCUAUCGCGCACUCUACCCUCGUAUCCUAGCCAAGAACAAAUUAUAUUACAAGAAGUUUCCCCACGAUAUUGAGCGUGUGCGCAAAAUCCAUGCUUACCUAUCCCAAAACCAGGUUCGCCUCCCUAAUGGUGGUACAUUAUCUCCUCGUCGUUUCCUUCAACUUGGUAUCCUGUUUGGCGUAUCCGGAGGUUAUGAUACCCUUCAUGAAAAUAUAGUCUUUGCUUGUGCCGACCUGGAUAGUCUUUCUCGUCUGAGCUAUCGAACUCUCAACAGAAUCCAAGAACUUCAGGGCUGGGAUACCAAUGUUAUAUAUGCUGUCCUCCACGAAGCUAUAUACUGCCAAGGCGAAAAGAGUAACUGGUCAGCCGAACGUGUACUCAACGAGCCACAAUUUGCCAGCGCAUUUGAGUGGCGUCUUGACCAGCUUAACCCAGGACAACCUGUAUAUUUUACCGGAGAAACCAUUUAUCCGUUUAUGUUUGAUGAUUAUUCAGAACUCGCACCCCUCAAGAAGAUUGCCAACCUCUUGGCUGAGAAUACCUGGGGAAAGCUGUACAGUCGGAAGACUCUCAAAACAUUGACCACUCCUGUGGCAGGUGUAACCUAUUACGAUGACAUGUUUGUUGAUCGUGAGCUAUCUGUCCAGACUGCAGGAAAUAUCAAUGGUUUCAAACAAUGGAUCACAAACGAAUAUGCUCACAAGUAA